AGGAAAGCCGGCGGCGGGAGGACUUCCGUGUGCCGGGACUCUGCGGAGAUACACGGCGGGGACCCAAACUCACUUCUUUCGUCUUCCUGACUUUGAACCACCGUUUCCAUAGUCUCGUAUUCCAGAGGUGACGCUUGGGGCGAUGGACCCGUUCACGGAGAAACUGCUUGAACGAACCCGUGCCAGAAGAGAGAACCUUCAGAAAAAGAUGGCUGAGCGGCCCAUACCAGCAGCCAGGACUGCAGCACACAUAAAGCGAGCGCGGGAACCACUUUCAGAAGCAAGUAACCAGCAGCCCUUGGCUGGUGGAGAAGAGAAAUCGUGUACAAAACCAUCACCAUCAAAAAAGCGCUGUUCUGAUAAAACUGAGGCUGAAGUUUCUAACCUGGAAAAUGAACAACCCCGUGAGUUGACCAGUCUGAAAUCUCCAAGACCCAUUUCUCUUCAGGCGCAGCCACCAGUGUCAGCUACUAUUAGCGAUUCUGUGGCCGCCCCAGCACCACAGCUGGGGAUGGGGAGAGGCCUGGACUCCAGACUGGAAGUAACCACAGGCUCCUCUGUGAAAACCCGCAUGCAGAAACUUGCUGAGCAGAGGCGCCAUUGGGAUACCGAUCUCACAGGUGAUAUACUGGAAAGCUCCCCCUCCUUACCAAUGCCAUACGAAGAAAAGGUGCCCUCCCCUCCCAAGCCACCAGUACCAGAUGCCUCUUCUGCCCCAAUUGGGAGAAGAGGCCGUCUGGCCAACCUUGCUGCAGCGAUCUGCUCCUGGGAAGAUGAUGUAAGCUACUCAUCUGCAAAGCAAAGCAGUGUACAGGAACAGCCUGGCACCACUUGUUUAUCCAAAUUUUCCUCUGCCAGUGGAGCAUCUGCUAGGAUCAAUAGUGGCAGUGUUAAGCAGGAAGCUACAUGCUGUUCCCCAAGGGAUGGCGAGGCCUCUUUGAACAAAGCCCAGUCCUCCAGUGCUGCUGCUUCAUCUUUGGUUAAUGCCUCAGUUUCCAGCUCUGUGAAAGAUACUUUGUCUCCAGUGAAAUCUGCUGCAUCCAUCACCACUACAAAAAAUUGCGAGGUUCAAAAUCCUGAGCUACUUCAGAAAACUCCAGUUAGUCCUUUGAGAACAGGGGCGUCAAAAACAGCUGUGAAGUCAGGUUUGUCCCAGAUAGUUCAGUCCAGAGAAGAAAGCAGAGAAAUUUGUCUGCAGCCUCAAUCCAAAGACAAAUCUACAACACCAGGAGGGAGAGGAAUUAAGCCUUUCCUAGAGCGCUUUGGAGAGCGUUGUCAAGAACACAGCAAGGGAAGCCCACCUCGGGGCACCUCCCAGAGGACCCCUGUCAUCACUCCAAACACAAAGGCCAUCCAAGAGCGAUUGUUCCGGCAGAAUGGAGGCUCAUCGACUGCCCAUGUAGCUGAGCAGCUCAAGCAGGAGCGUCAGAAAGAACUAGCAUGUCUUCGAGGCAGAUUUGACAAGGGCAAUUUAUGGAGUGCCGAAAAAGACAAAAGCUCCAGAAGCAAACAACUAGACCCCAACCAGGAAGUUGGCCAUCAGAACACUCCCCUCAAAAAGCAUCAAGGUGGUUCAAAUACUCAGUCAUUUCCAGUAACAGACCAGGUACUGGAAAAUCUGACCCCAGGAAUAGCUUCUAGUACUGAACCCACAGGUGUUACUGAAUGCAAAAUGACUAAGUCUAGUCCUCUGAAAAUAACGUUGUUUUUAGAAGAGGAAAAGUCCUUAAAAGUAACAUCAGACCCAAAGAUUGAGCAGCAGACCGAAGUGGUACGUGAAAUUGAAAUGAGUGUGGACGAUGAUAUCAAUAGUUCGAAAGUCAUCAAUGACAUCUUCAGUGAUGUCCUAGAGGAAGGUGAGCUGGAUGUGGGAAAGAGCCAGGAGGAAGAGGACCAAGUGGAAGGCGAGAACACUGACGAGCAGGAAGAUGCUCUCAACAUCUCCUCCAUGUCCCUACUUGCUCCCUUAGCACAGACGGUGGGCGUAGUGAAUCCUGAGAGUUUUGUCUCCUCACCUAAACUGGAAUUGGAAGACCCUAGCCUCAGUGAUGAAAGUCCCAAGCCGGGAAAAUUCCAGAGAACCCGAGUCCCUCGAGCUGAGUCUGGUGAUAGCAUUAGUUCUGAGGACCGAGGCCUUCUUUACAGCAUUGAUGCUUAUAGGUCUCAGAGGUUCAAAGAAACAGAGCGCCCUUCAAUAAAGCAAGUGAUAGUUCGGAAAGAAGAUGUUACAUCAAGAUUAGAUGAAAAAAAGAAUGACUUUUCUGGUCACAUUAAUAUCAAACAGAAGAUGCAGGAGCUUAAUAAUGAAAUAAAUCUGCAGCAGACGGUGAUCUACCAAGCAAGCCAGGCCCUCAACUGCUGUGUUGAUGAAGAGCAUGGGAAAGGGUCCCUGGAGGAAGCAGAAGCUGAGCGACUUCUUCUAAUUGCAACUGAGAAGAGAACGCUUCUGAUUGAUGAGCUGAAUAAACUGAAGACUGAAGGGCCUCAGAGGAAGAACAGGGCUGGUCCUGCAUGCCAGAGUGAAUCUGUUGCCUCAAAGGGAUCCAUCACUUUGUCAGAAAUCCGCUUGCCUUUGAAGGCAGAUUUUGUCUGUAGCCUGGCUCAGAAACUAGAUGCAGCAAAUUACUAUUAUUUAAUUAUACUGAAAGCAGGAGCUGAAAAUAUGGUAGCCACACCGUUAGCAAGUACUUCCAACUCUCUCAAUGGCGAUGCCCUGACAUUCACAACUACAUUUACGCUGCAAGAUGUGUCCAAUGAUUUUGAAAUAAAUAUUGAGGUUUACAGUUUGGUACAAAAGAAAGAUUCCUCCGGUCCUGAUAAGAAGAAAAAAGCAUCAAAGUCCAAGACUAUUACUCCAAAGAGACUCCUUACAUCUAUAACCACAAAAAGCAACCUUCAUUCAUCAGUCCUGGCCAGCCCAGGAGGCCUCCAUGCUGUGCGAACCAGCAACUUUGCCCUGGUUGGGUCUCACACUCUGUCUCUGGCCUCAGUAGGACAUACCAAGUUCGCAUUGGACAAGGUGCCCUUUUUAUCUUCUUUGGAGGGUCAUAUUUAUUUAAAAAUAAACUGCCAAGUGAAUUCAAGUGUUGAAGAAAAAGGAUUUCUCACCAUAUUUGAAGAUGUUAGUGGUUUUGGUGCCUGGCACCGGCGGUGGUGUGUUCUUUCUGGAAACUGUAUCUCGUACUGGACGUACCCGGAUGAUGAGAGGAGGAAGAAUCCCAUAGGAAGGAUAAACCUGGCCAAUUGUACCAGUCGUCAGAUAGAACCAGCCAACAGAGAGUUUUGUGCGAGACGCAACACUUUUGAAUUGAUCACUGUCCGACCACAACAAGAAGAUGACCGUGAGACUCUUGUCAGCCAGUGCCGGGACACGCUCUGUGUCACCAAGAACUGGCUAUCAGCAGAUACUAAAGAAGAGCGGGAUCUCUGGAUGCAAAAACUCAAUCAGGUUCUUACCGAUAUUCGCCUCUGGCAACCCGAUGCUUGCUACAAACCUAUUGGAAAGCCUUAGAUGUAGACAUCUCCAUUACAAGGAUAGGCUUUGAACAAUGCCCUCAGAAAGCUCUUAAGAGCAUCAGGUUUGCUUAUUGGAUUUUAUGCUUUAACGGAAAGGGUUUGUGCAAAUAUUCACUACCUAUUAUACAGUAUUUAUGUCUUUUGUAUGUAAAACUACAACUUCUUUCUCUUGUCAUUCAUAGGUGAUUGGAAGUCAUUUCAUUAUAGUUGAUUUUUGUAAAGUCCUAGUUUCCUCAAAGAAUUCUAAUUAGUUAUUUACAUCAACAUAUUUUUGUAAAAAGUAAGGCAUUACGAGCUGUCUUCUAGGAGCUGUGGGUCUUGAAAUAGCGGGGUGGCAGACAGAGACCUCUAGCUGCUGUAGUUUUCCCAAGAGGUGAUCAUGCAUUGGUUACCUUAGAUUUCUUACUAGAGUUCUAAGGAAGACUUCUAUGGGACUUUACAGAAACAUUUUUUGAUAAUGGAGAUGGAACUUCUUCACAGUGAGUUUGUUAGUGUAUCCUGAAGCUGCCUUUAAGGAUGUAGACAUAGGGGAUGUGCAAGUUGGUAAUAAUUACCCCAUUUACGUUUACAGUUACUGUUCUACAGUAUGUGCACAUUUUUUUUAAUAUAACUUCAGCCUUUAUCAAAACACUUAUUUUUGCCAUGCAGCUGAUAGACUCUCCAACAUUAAUUAGCAUAGUAAUUCCUAAUGCUUCUGCUGCACAGACAAUAUAAAUUGCAGAACCUUUUUAUAAAAAGAAGUCAACUUUUUGUAAGCUGCUAUGGACUUACACUUUGUUUGCCAAAGUUCUUGUCUACUCUUUUUUUCUUUUCUUCCACAUCAUAUAUAUGAUAGAGUCUAGAAGCCUAUUUUUAAAUCAUUAAAAUAAAACUAUUAUAUUACCUUUUAAAGCCUAAUAUCUUUUUUAAUUUAAAAAUAUUAUAAAGAAUAUAUGAGUACACUUGGGAUUUCUUCCCUGUAUCAUUAAAAGUUAUUAAUGGCUUCAUCUAUAAACACUAAAUUCUGUCAUCUGUCAUUUCUUGCUCAUUCAAGUGUGUCUUUUCUUAUGUAUAUUAUACAAAUGUG